AGCGGACUCCUCCCCUGGAAACUCCUCCGGGGCUGGGGGAGCGGCGGCGCAUGCUCCGUACCUUGGGCAGGUUUUUGCUGCGGGUAGCAGGGCUCCUGUCACUCCGGCGGGCGGGUUGUGGCGGUGCCAGCCAGUGCGUGCGAGUGUGUCUGCGUGCCCGCGCCCGGGCGGACCGACCCGGAGCGGCGGCACUCCUCUCCCGGAGCGGCGGCUCCGCACGGGCGCCUCGCCGGCCGCCGCGGCGGGGGCUCCUCGGCAAACUUGCGGCGGUCGCCGGCCGCCCUCGCGGCUCCCGCGCCUCGCCAUCUGAGGGCAGAGGCGCCCGCGCGCGUGCGGAGCGCGGUGCCCGCGGCCGGCCGUGGCGGCGGGGCCCGGCCGCACCUUCGCCCUUGGCCCGCGCCCCGGCGAGCCCCAUGCAGCCCCCGCGCUCGCGGCCGCAGCUGCCCGGCCGCCCGGCCGCCCGGGGCAGGUCCCGGACCGGAGCCGCUCUCCCCAGCGCCUGAGCGCCCGAGCGCGGGCGGCGGGAUGCCCCGAGUCGCCUGAGAGCUCGCCCCGCGCCCCGGCGGGAGCCAGAAGCGGGCCGAGCCGGGCGCUCCCGGGAGCGCAGGGCGCCCCGCGCCGCCGCCGCCACCGCACGCGCCGGCGCCCGCCUCCCCGCUCGGUCCGAAGGCCCGGCUCCGUCCGUCUCGAGCGCGGGGUGCCGCGGGGCCGCCCGCCCGCCGCUCGCCUCGGCGUCGGGGGCAUGGAGGAGAGGCAGGCUCGGAGCCGCGCCCCUGAGUCCCCGAAACUUCCGAGCGGACGCCCGUCCGCGCCGCUGCCGCCGCCGCUGAGCCUGCCGGCCUGAGACGGCACCAUGGAUGAAAGGUUCAACAAGUGGCUGCUGACGCCCGUGCUCACUCUCCUCUUCGUGGUCAUCAUGUACCAGUACGUGUCCCCCUCCUGCACCAGCUCCUGCGCCAACUUCGCGGAGCGGCCCCGCGCGGGGGAGGCCGGCCAGCCCGCCGCCCCGGGGCCCGCCCGCCGGACGCAGGUGCCGCUCGAAGACGGGGAGCGGCGUCCUCAGCUGCCCCCGCCACCUCGGGGCCCGCCCGAGGGGCUGCGGGGGGCCGUGGCGCCCGAAGACGACGACGAUGAGCCAGGGGACCCAGAGGAGGAGGAGGAGGAGGCGGAGGAGGAGGGGGAGGAGGAAGAGGAGCCGGACCCCGAGGCCCCAGACCACGGCUCUCUGCCUCGGUUCGUGCCGCGCUUCAACUUCACCCUGAAGGACCUGACCCGCUUCGUGGAUUUCAACAUCAAAGGGCGCGACGUGAUCGUGUUCCUGCACAUCCAGAAGACCGGGGGCACCACGUUCGGCCGGCACCUGGUGAAGAACAUCCGGCUGGAGCAGCCGUGCAGCUGUAAGGCGGGCCAGAAGAAGUGCACCUGCCACCGGCCCGGCAAGAAAGAGACCUGGCUCUUUUCCCGCUUCUCCACGGGCUGGAGCUGCGGGCUGCACGCCGACUGGACGGAGCUCACCAACUGCGUGCCGGCCAUCAUGGAGAAGAAAGACUUUCCCCGCAACCACAGCCACACCAGGAAUUUCUAUUACAUCACAAUGUUGCGUGAUCCAGUGUCCCGUUACCUGAGCGAGUGGAAACAUGUCCAGAGAGGAGCCACAUGGAAAACCUCCCUCCACAUGUGUGAUGGGAGAAGCCCCACCCCCGAUGAGCUACCUACCUGCUACCCUGGGGAUGACUGGUCUGGGGUUAGCUUGCGAGAGUUCAUGGACUGCACCUACAACCUGGCGAACAACCGCCAGGUGCGCAUGCUGGCGGACCUCAGCCUGGUCGGCUGCUACAACUUGACUUUUAUGAAUGAGAGCGAGAGAAAUACCAUCCUGUUGCAGAGCGCGAAAAACAACCUGAAGAACAUGGCCUUCUUUGGGCUCACAGAAUUCCAGAGGAAGACGCAGUUUCUCUUUGAGAGGACAUUCAACCUCAAGUUCAUCUCUCCCUUCACACAGUUCAACAUCACGCGGGCUUCCAAUGUGGAGAUCAAUGACGGUGCUCGCCAACGCAUUGAGGAGCUCAACUUCCUGGACAUGCAGCUUUAUGAGUACGCAAAAGAUCUCUUCCAGCAGCGCUACCACCACACCAAGCAGCUGGAGCACCAGAGGGACCGGCAAAAGAGGAGGGAGGAGCGGAGGCUGCAGCGGGAGUCGAGGAGCCACCGGUGGCCCAAAGAGGAUGGGAACACAGAGGGGGCUGUUACCGAGGACUACAAUAGUCAGGUGGUGAGAUGGUGACCCCCUGCCUCUCCUCCCUGUGGCGUUACCUUGGAGACUCUUGGGCCAUUCUGAGGGCAUCUGGCUGUAUGUGGCCGGAGGUGGACACCUGCUUCCUCUUUUCCUUCACCUUUAGCCAGCUGGAGAGGAUCGGUCUUGUUCUUUACUUCCUGACAUUUGCCAAUCUGUGAUAUGGAGGAGGCUAGGAAUGCAUCCAGGAUACACCACUUCAGAAGGUCAAGGAGAGAAGCACCAAAAAGGAAACAGUGUCCUUGCAAUCUCUUUGGCACAGCACAGGUGACACCCUGGGUGACUGGACCCACAGAGGCAGACAUGAAAAGCCAAAUCGUGGCUUGGAUGUUCUGCUGAAACUGGUCUGUUUCAUACUGUCUCUGUAAUGGAAAUAUUGGUUGGUUUCAAGAGAGAGAGAGAAAGAAGUCCCUCUCAGCCCUUUGAUAAGGUUUUAGGCCAACUCUUACUUUGCUGUUGGCUGUCAUCUUUGAACUCUAUUUGAAUGGGGUUUAAAUCAGAAGAAGAGAAAUGUGUUUUGUUGCCGUCUUUUAAAACAAGAUUCUCCUACUAUUGACCAUCACUAGAGACUCACAUCCGACAAAGCCCUGCAUCCCAGCCCUGAGCCAUGUUUCCUCCCCCACAUUUUAGGGAACUGCAAGUGGAUUCAGGUCAGGGUGCCUGUGGCCCCUGAGAAAUGAACGUUGGUAGGGGCAUUUAGGAGAAAAUGUCUUAUUAACUAAUGCCUAUGGAGCGAACUCUUUACCAAGUUGUAUUUUCAAUGUAAGGAAUGAAUGAUAAGGGGGCUGGGGGGAAGCUGGAGGGUAGAUACAUGCCUACCAUUUCCAAACUGGCUACAGACCUCAGGUGUAUGUUUUUUUUUAAGAACAUUUCCAAGUUUUAUCUCUUUGGAACAGUCAUCUUCUCUGAUAUGGUACUGCCAGGUCUGAAAUUCUACUAUCACAGAGGGAAAGACAUUUGAAAAGAAUUUGGCUUGAAGAAUACAAGCUUACGGUAGCUAUCAGGUAUAUAAAACAUAUUUGAGGUCCUUAAAUAAAUAAUAAUUUUGAUUUAGGCCAGGAGAUACAGAACAUAAUGGUGCGAUUAUCCUGGGAGUUUAAAAAGACUCUACCUCCCCAAAUCUUAAAUAUUUCUAGCCAGAUAACUUUUUCCUCCCCACAUGGUCCUUGCCUGUUGUUAGAUUCUGGCUACAGCUGGCACUGGCUGGAGUGUAUAAAACUGAACCCCCCAAAAUGCACAACAUUGUUGAAUGUUUCUUAUUUUCACCUUUUCCCAAUCACAACUAUGAUAACACCAUGCUUUUGAAUAAUAGGGGGAGAUGUAUGGGAGAGGACAUCGAGAUCCCUUGCCUACCUACCAAUCAGUUAGGAGGAUCAGAGUGAGUAGUAAGUUUCACAAUAGAUUUGUCUGAUCAAUCCCCUCAAGGAGCUGAAGGCAAAAUGAGUGAAACUCCUAAUCAGAUUGAAAAGCCUACUUCAUUGAUAUCCAACAUGUUUGAUGUUUAAGCCAGCUUUGUAUAAGCCACAUCUCAUCCUCUGGAAUCCUCUCUCUGGGGUUGAGAGUCAAUCAACCCAGAGGCAUUCAUGGAUCGACUGCCUGCACGGAGGGAAGCCUGGUGCUUCCAUCAAAGGGAGGCCUAGAAAAAUCACAUAGACUCUUCUCUCACGACCCUUGGCUUCAUCUGUCAUGUGACAGAAGGCAUUUUGGGGGAUCUCCCAUUUGCCAGGAACUGUGGGAGGCCCUUUUCAUACUUUAAAUCUAUUCACAACCAGGUAUAUAGUAUUAGUCCCAAUUUCAUAGGUGAGUCAAGUGAAACCCACUGACAAAAUGUAGCUUUCUCCUGACUUGUAUGCUAGGUCUGGUUGACUGCAAAGUGCAGUCUCUUUGGAUUCCAUCAUGAUUUCCAGAGGGGAUAAAAGCUUUCGGCUAAUCAUGCAAGAAUCCAGCCAUUAUUGCCCAUAAGUAUAUGCCUCUAUCCCCUAUGGGUGACACAACUGGGACAGCACCAAGGUGGCAGUGACCCAGAGCCAUGGGGCUUUGGUUGAGUCCAGCCCUCUCAGCAUCAAUAAACUGAGAGAUUGAUGACUUUUUAGGCAAUUUUACUUUGUCAGCCAUUCAUGAGGGUGAGUUAAAGGGGCCAAGUAAAUAUUGCUCAUUAUUUGGUGGAGAUUAGGCUCACGAAAUAUUAAUGUUUUCUUUUCUAAUGAUUUGUGCCUAAGGUAGGGAGGGAAGGAGAUUGCAGCUGGGAUUAAUGAGAAGCUCGCUCUCUCUUCACAUUUUGAUGUUAACAUCUAAUGUCCUGCCCAGGAUGGCAAAUGGCAGGUCUGCAAAUUACCCUCUGCCUGCUAUUGUCACACACACACACACACACACACACACACACACACACACCCCAUAAUGAUAAUCUAGUCUUUUGUCAUGAGGAAAAUCAAACCAAGUUCGAAAGCAUUCAGGUUGUUUCCUUUAAACUCACUUUAAAUUUUUGGCAGGGAAUUCGUGCAUAGCUGCGACUUGGAGGCAGUCUCUGCUAACUUCACACUGCUCCUUAGGCACCUCGGGAUUGAUAUCAAAAGGCUUUCGUGGCCUUGCUGCUAACGGCGUGAUGUAUGGUGCUCCACUGGAGACCAGCUAUCAGGAUGUUCAGAGGAGAAACCAUCUCUUCGUGUUGGCCCGAGGCCAGUGCCGAGCAAAUUAAAAAGACCGACAAGGGCUUUCUCCUUCAUAUCAUUUCAUUCUAAAGCAGCACACUUGUCAUAUCCCUGGGGUCCUAUGUUGAUAGAAACGAAGAGGUGGGGAUGCGGUUUGUUCUCUGAAAAUUGACUGCACACCUACAUGCUGAGUGAAGCUCGGGGAAGCGAUGCCAAUAAAAGGCAUGUGGGCCUAAGGAUCCAGGGGAAGUUGUCGGCCUUCAGAUCCCAAACCAAAUCAAUUCCAGAUACAUUAGUGUUAAAAGUGUGUGUGUGUGUGUGUGUGUGUGUGUGUGUGUGUGUGUGUGAGAGAGAGAGAGAGAGAGAGAGAGAGAGAGAGAGAGAACGAGACAGAGAAUUCCCUAGGGAGUGCCACAUCCUAUUGACUCCUGCAACUCUGAGGUAGACAUUCCUUUCCUUCUCUCAGCAAUGGCAGCCCCAGUGAUGAGACUGGGAUGAGGUGUCUGUGUGUGUAUCUGCGUAUGUUUAAAUUAUUAUUAUCAUUAUUAAGGACUAAGGAGGCUAUUCUGCCUCCUCAUUUAUUGGCAGCCUCCUCUUGGUAACUGAGGAAAACCUGCCCUGAGAAUUAUCUGGAUCCCCUUUAUAAUAAUUAAUAUCAUUAGCAAUUAGUUUUAGGCAGCAGUUAAAGAUAUCACAUGUGCUGUUGAAUUUAUAAAAAACAAGUUUUUUUAUCAUCUAAAGGAGGUAACUGUCACAAAUAGUUUGAUCAAUGGUUUGAAAAAUGAGGAUUUGUUCAAAAGUCUGUCUAGAGAUAGUAUAUAGUAUGGGAGAGAAGGCCUACCAGAUAGACCUGGCAAGGAGGUGAUAUGAGCAUAGAUCAUAAAAAUAACUAUAAGUAGUUUAUUGGAUAGGUUUUCCAUUUGGCUGAUUUAACAAAGAAACUCAAAAUGUUAGUGACUUCAAUAAGAUGGAAGAAUUGUUCUCUCACUUAAAAGACAAACUGGUUGGAUAACUGGUGUGUGACAUUACCAGAAACCGAGGCACUCUCUUGCUCUCUUGUCCUAAUGUGCAGAUUCCAUCUCCUGGCCCAAGACGGCUGCUGCAGCUCCUGCCAUCUCAUCUACAUUUAAGACAACAAAGAGAGGACAUGGUAGGAAGUUGCACAUAUCACUUAUAGCCACAUCUUAUGGGCUAGCACCUAGCCAUUAGCUACAUUUAGCAAAGAAAGGCAUGAAAUGUCUUUAUUAUUGAUUGCUAUGUGCCUUGAUAUGAAGGUCCUAUUAUUUAAUGAAAUAAUGGAAAAAUUAACACUGAUGAAACUACUAGUCUCUGCACAAAGGGGAAUUAAAAAAUACAUCCAGUGCUUUUUGAUGUCAUCUAUAUAGUCAUAUGUUUUACAAUAGAUAAGAUUAAAACUCAUAACUUUAUAUAGCACUUAAUGUUUUUAAAAACAUUUUUACCUUUAGUAUCUCACUGAUCUUCACUACAUUCUUAUAUGUUAAAUAGGACCUCUACGCAUUACCCAUUAGAUAGUUUGACAUGGAAAUUCAGAGAUGUCGAGAGAUUCCCCAAAGAUUACAGUUUACUAACAAGGAAGUUGCUCGGAGCCCCAGACUUUUGACUUCAAGUCUUUCCUACUAUUUUGUGCUGCUUAGCAUCAGAUUUGGGGUUGGGAAUUGAAAAAAAAAAUAUGAUUCUAAACCUUUAUUGAUUUAUAUCUUCCCUUACCUUUUCAUGGAACUGCAGUGACUUAGAUAAUGCCUAGGAGACUGGCAGAGUUGGCCCGUAAGCCCCUGCGUCUAGUGAGGGAGCCUGUUAAUAGGAGUGAAAUGGCCAAAAAACUGUCAGUGCUGCAGGGGCAACUGAAAAGCACAGGCACUCAAACACUUCUUGCUCAUGUUCACCCCAUCCAAUCCCAAAACUACUCAAGGACAAGGCUAAGGGGAUGUGCUUACACCUCCUUAGGGAAGCUCAGUGUUAGAAAUACUUAAAAUCAGUAGCAGCCUCAAUGCUGAAGCUUAAGGGGUGAUCAAUAGAACCCCUGCUCUAAAAAUUUACUUUUGUCUCUACCUCUUCCCCAGGUCCCUAGAAUUUUAUCAGCAACUUAUUUUUUUUGGUUCCUAAAGGCUUUUAAAUUUUUUUCCAGUGAUUCCCUUUGCACAUUUGCUAAAGAGAGGAAAUGCUUUAAGCUGUCAUAAGCUAACACCUUCACACAGAAUGUUUAUCUGGCCUCUAGCUCAGAAGAAGGUCCUAUGUAAUAGCAUCAUGUGGGGUGGGGAGAGGGGGGGCUUAGGGAGACUGGGAAUAAGCAUAGAAAACAAAGUAGAGCUCCUAAAAAGGAAGCAGACCUUGUAAAGGUGGAAAGAUGAGGAAUUAAAUAUGUGCCAGAAAAUAUUGAAAAAUAGAAAAUAACUAAUAUGCAGCUUCUGUCCUCAAGAACAAGAGCAGUCUGGGGACUGUGAUCCUUUUGGCCAUUUAAAAGGGCAGAAAAGGACAUGAGGCUCAUGAGACAGGACAAGAGCAUGGGGAUAGUUUUAGGGGCUGAAAUAAAGACUGAAUGAAUAGAAUGAGUUGGCUCAAAGAGAAAGCUGGGUGAGACUUAAGUGAAGAAUACUCUGAUCUGGUCAUAGCUGUGUCGCCAAGAUUUCUCCUUGCCCAUCGUUAUUGUACCUCCACUGGUCUCCAGGACUCUGACUGAACGUCUCCAGGCUGGUGUCAGGGCUGGCCGAGUCUGAUGAUCUACUCAGUUGUGUCAUCUCUGGGGAGCAUGCCAAGGUUCUUUCUCCAAGACACUUUCAGCGUUUCUUCUGUUCCCUUCUUCCAUCUCUAGUGGACAUAUAAGCCUGUUAUUCUCUCACCAUAUUCACCUGGACACAUCUGAACUGAUUCCCUAAAACUUUGAAUCAGCCUUUUUGGGCAAGUGGGUUGGUUGAAAACCUGUGUGUUUUGUAACCUAAUGGAUGGAAUGCACAUGGAUGUAAGCUUCGUGACACACAGAACCAACUGAUCUUGCAGAGGUGCUGAGAUUCCAGAGGACUGGCCUCGCUAUAAACACCAGCAACAUCUGCAAGACAAACACCCCUGGACUUCCAGGCGAGGACUCGAGGUAACCUCAUGGAGCUCUGGAUCUGAGAACGCGAAAGCACAGAUGUUUCUUGAACUUGUGUUCUAAGUUGUCUAUGGAACUAAUGUGUCAUCCUUUGACACAUGAAGUGGAAUCUCUGUGAGUUCCAUGUUCUGCUGCACUGUGGUAUCUCAUCAAAGGGCCAGAUGUCAGUGCUGGAAAACCUCAGCUCUUGCCAGGGAAAACCAUGAUCUGAGGAAGCAGAGUUUGUGUGAUUUAGUCAUUGUCACAUUUGUCUCCCACCAGCUUGUCGUUAUUUUUUUCAAAUCACGUGAUCCACUUUUCUCUUCUGCCUGUGUUUUUUAUUCCUCCCAGAAGUACAUUCUGGGUUUUGCUUGCAUUAUUUUUCAUUUAAUGUUUCAAAGAUUAAAAAAAAAUGUUGGAAAGAAAAAUCUGGACUAAUAUCUGGUGCCCCAUUUUAGAUGUAAAGAUAGUUACUCAAUAGAUAGUAAAUUAUUUCUCCUAAGAGAUAUUUCCUUUGGUUUCUGUGCAACAAUAUGUAUGAACUCGGGUACUAGGAGAUUGUAUUGUGACAUUAUCAACCCUUAUUGCUAUUUAAAAAAUGAUAGUUUGUAGAACUGAGGAUUUCCAUUGAUGUGAAGCACAAUUUAAUGAAUAAGUUAGCAUAUUAAACUGUUGUGAUGUCAAGAACAAUUGUUUUCCCCUGUGAUUUUGUUAGACAUUUUUGCAAAAUGAGAAAAGUUGGUUAAACACUUUAAGGGAUUUAUGGAAACUGAAUCCACAGGAUCAGCUUUGUCAAACGCAAAAAAUCCAUGCUCUGGAUACUAAUGUGGUUAUUGGAUGUGAAACUUUAAAAGCAUAAAAGUCAAAGAAAAUAUAGAUUGAAACAAUUUAAAAUCUCUGAGGCCAGGGAGGAUUUCACAGGCUCUCAAACACAUAAGCUUCUAAAAUCAUGGUUCUCAGUAACCCUCCCCAUUCCGUGCACACUCCAGCACAUUGACAUUCAC